GCUUAAUCUUCUUGUCUAUUUUGGUUUCUUAAGUCCUCCUAAGUCCAACACGAACCAUUCUUCCUCUCUUACCUAACCUCCCUGCUAGCUCCCCUCUUAUGCAUAACCCCUAUUUCUAAUUCAUCCCAAUGGCUUCUAUGUCCUUUGACCUCAAGCCUUGAGACGAGUUUCGAGCAAGAACAGAUCAGACACCUUGGCAGGAUGGCCUUGUGGGCAGCUUCAUCUCCUCACCUUCUACUCCUUGGUCUCCUGUCCAUUCUCCUCCUCCACCCCAACGUCGGCAUUCGCCUCGGCAUUGUCCUACGUCCCUCCCCAGUCAUCCCCAACUUUCGGGAAGCCCCGGGAUUCCAGAACGGUGACCAAUGCGGCUCGGGAAACACUGACGAUAUCCAUGUGGCCAUGACCCUUGACGCCAAUUACAUCCAGGGCACAAUGGCAGCUGUCUUCUCUUUGUUACAACAUUCAACCUGCCCUGAAAACCUCAAGUUCCACUUUCUGUCUGCGCGCGCUGAGCCGGAGCUCUUUUCGAGAAUCAAGUCCACCUUCCCCUACUUGAGCUUCAAGACUUACGCCUUUGGUUCAAACAGAGUUCGUGGGAAGAUAUCAAGGUCCAUAAGACGAGCACUGGAUCAACCUAUGAACUAUGCGAGAAUUUACCUGGCUCAUAUUCUUCCAAGUGAUAUGAGACGUGUUAUUUACUUGGAUUCAGACCUUGUUGUGGUCGAUGACAUUGCAAAGCUGUGGGGGGUGGACAUGGAAGACAGGGUGGUGGCCGCCCCAGAAUAUUGCCAAGCAAAUUUCACACAAUACUUCACAGAUGCAUUGUGGUCCGACCCGGAUUUGUCAAAGACGUUCCGAGGAAGAAAGCCAUGUUAUUUCAACACAGGUGUGAUGGUGAUGGAUGUAGAUAAAUGGAGAAAAGGAGGGUAUACAAAGAAAGUAGAGGGGUGGAUGACCCUGCAAAAGAGAAAGAGGCUAUACAAUUUGGGGUCUUUGCCGCCAUUUUUACUGGUCUUGGCUGGGAACAUCAAGGCCGUGGAUCACAGAUGGAACCAGCAUGGACUUGGUGGUGACAACUUUGAAGGAAGGUGUAGGAGACUCCACCCAGGUCCCAUUAGUCUUCUUCAUUGGAGUGGGAAGGGUAAGCCAUGGCUGCGGUUGGAUUCUACAAGACCAUGCACCGCCGAUCAUCUUUGGGCGCCAUACGAUCUCUACCAUUCUUCAAAAAGCUUCCUGGAAGAAUAG